AUGGCCGAGCUUCUGCAGUGGUGCAUGGAGCUGCAGGUCAGCCCAGGGAGGGUGAUUGUGAUUAGCAACAUCCCCAAGGGCCUUUCAGCCGAGGCCAUUCAGGAUCUGCUCAGGGGACCCUCUCGAUGCCUUAGACUAUGUCAGGUGCGUGGAGUGCGCCCUGAUGGGAGAGGGGACUAUCAGAUGGCAGUAUGUGAACUGACAACCGCAGUGGAUGCCCUGCAUGUUCCCCGGAUGCUAGAGGUCACAGAUAAGGAAGUCUGGGCUGUAACUCUAGUAGGUGGGGGGCUGGUUCCUCACCCAGACUCUGGAGGGGAAUCCGAAGAACCCCCCUCCAGAGGAGCUGAAGACCCUGUGCCAGCUGCCCCAGGUGAGAGUGAGGUGGGCUCCAGAGCACCAGAUCCAGAGUGGGCAAAGGCAUUGGGAAAAGCCCUGAAGGAGGCACUCCAGCCAUCACCUGAGUCGGUUGCCUACAAGAGGCUCCACAUAUUUUCAGAGAAAGACCCACUUUCCCGAGGGGAAGAGACUUUUGAGGCUUGGCAUUCCCAUGUGACAGAGACUUUGGCCUCGUGGGCAGUCUCAGAAGAGGAGAAGCGGAGGCAGCUGCUGGAGAGUCUCCGAGAUCCAGCUUUUGAAGUGGUUCAAAUGAUUAAGCAGGAAAACUCCAACAUUUCCGUUCUCCAGUGUCUCGAACUUCUGUCUAGUGUCUUUGGAAAAUCUGUGCAAGCUGAGGCUUUGUUCCUGGAAUUUAAUAAGACAUACCAACAAAAGGGGGAAACAGCCUCAGCUUACAUCCUGUGA